ACAAACUUCAAUAACAAAGAUCAAAAAGCUGCAUUUAAGAACACAGUGAACUCUGUCUCUGCAAGACAGAGAGAGAGAAAGUGAGAUUUGUGCUUUCGCUCUUCACACGUUUGCUUCAAGAUUCCAUGAAAUUUCUUGCAAGCAACUGAUCCUUCUCAACUUUCAUUUCACUCAAUUCAUACUGUUUCAUCCUUCCCAAAUUUCGAGUGAACAGCUAUAGCCUUUGGCAAAUCCAGACUUUUAUUCAUCAAUCUCUACAGCUUCUGCGUCUUCUCUUCUAACCAAAUGCUGCUGUAAAUCCUAAUGUGAAUGUGAUUGUUUCGGUUUUCUGGCUUAAUGAUAAGUUGUUGUUUUACUUGUUUCUGAUGCUUGAUUGAGCUAAUCAUGGCUGGAGAUAUCGAACAGCCCUUUUCCUUUAAUUUUCAGGUAGAGUCUACAAUUUCAGACUCCAUAUCAUUUGGAAGGUUUGAAAAAGAAUCUUUAUCUUGGGAGAGGAGGUCAUCAUUCUCUCAUAAUCGUUAUCUAGAAGAGGUAGAGAAAUUCUCAAAACCGGGUUCAGUUAAUGAGAAGAAGGCUUACUUUGAGGCUCAUUUCAAGAAAAAAGGAGGAUUGCUUGGUCAGAAUUCGAUGGAGUCUCAUACUAUUGAGAACGACGCAUCAGAGCAAGUGAAUCAAGAGGCAGACGUUGAGAUUAUAAACAUGGAAAACCAUGAUGGCCAUUUUGAUGAUAGCUCUGUCAGUUCACAAGACCAUGGGGACCAUUUGGUGACAGAAUGUGAAGAAAUGCCAAAACAUGAAACUUCAGCUCCUAAUCCGAAAUUUGAAAAUUCUUUGAACAGUGUUAAUGCCAAAAUAAAUCAACAAAAUGACACUGCAGAGAACAAGUGCUCAACUUUGGUAAUUCAUAAACCAGAGGUUGAAUUAAGGCAAGAUCCCAAGAGUUAUGGAAUGUGUGAGAAUAUACAGUCUGAAUCCAUGGAGGCAGCCCCCAAAACUGAACUAGUGAAGAAAGCAGGCAAAAACUGUUCAGGAAGUCAGCAAACUCUCACUCCCAAGAUGAUAUCUAGAAGGGAAACGAAGGCGUCUUCCAGAUCUCAGGCUAAUAUUCCUCAAAGUCGAAGAAAUGUUUCGAGUGGGGUUCUGAAAUCUAAUAAAAGCAAAGGGGAGCUUUCACAUACAACUUGCACCGAAGCUCAACCAUCAAAAACUGCCAUUUCUCGUGCAAACCAUGUCCGUCGAACGCCCAAAGUUGAGGAUUCUAAAGUUCUCCAGGGAAGAGCUCUUCUCGAGAAUAGAAGAUGUAGUGGAGAGAAGGGACAAACUUCUGGAGUAUCAUAUUCUCCUUCAUCAAAGCUUGAGUCUAGAUCAUAUUUAAAGACAACCACCAGGCAAACUCGGACUGUCAACCCGGCCAUGCAAGAUACUGGGAAAAACAGUUCAGCUUCCAAUAGAAGCAGGGGCUUGGCAGAAAGGAGAAAUCAGGGCAAGCAAGACUCUGAAAUGAAGAAAUUACAGAAAAAUGUUGACAUCAGAUCAAAACCAAUACCGUCUUCUUAUGGUGCUGUUCGACCAGAGUCAGAUGGGAAGAAGGCUGUGUUUAGUGGUACCAAAGUAAGAAACAGUUCAAGGAAGUCCACAGCUGUGGCAUCCUCCACUCACUCACAGUUACGAAAAGGCAUUGAUUCCACUGCAAGGGAAGUGCAAAAUACUUCAAAAAACAUCAGCUAUCAAGCAGCCGUGCAUGUUGAAGCAAGCGGUGGUUCUUCGAGUUCAUCAGCCUACAUAGAGCAUAUCCAAGAUACCAUAUUAGAAUCCGGAUACAGGAGAAGGAAAGACCGAGCAAAGGAGAAAGAACCGAGUUUGCAGAAAUCCCGCAUUUCGGAGAAUUAUAAGACGACGUCCAAACAAGGAAGCGAGGGGAGGCAGAAAGUUGGGACGCAGAGGAGCAUGAAUUUAAUGGGAAGAUCAAGGGGUGUUGGUGGCUCCGGAAUGGGACAAUUUGCUGGCGGUGUUACGUCGUGAAUGGCUCAUGUUUUGUUCAGGUUCACAGGUAGUAAGAAUCGUCAUUCAUAUUGUUGAGGUUCUAUAUUUGCCAGAAUUAUUGUCAUUGCUAUUAUGCUCCAUUGUAAUGUAAAUUUGAAGUCAUUUACGUUAAGGUUAAUUCGGCAGGAAUAAACAACAAAUUGUGACUAA